GUUUGACACCCGACCCCUCCGCCAAACGGGAGAAGCAGGUGGGUUGGGAGGAAGGGGAGCGGCUGUUCGCUAAACCAAACCCGGCACCACCACUAACUAACGUGAUUAUAGGACACCGCUGUUGUCGAAUGCCCCUCAAGGAAGGAGCAACGUUUCCGUUUUGUGGCGGCGGCGGCGGGCGAGCUCCAUCUUUGAAAUAAAACGGCGGGCGCGGUGGUUAUGAGGGUGGACGAGUGAGGGAGGAAGACGGGCGUCACAGCGGAUCGUCGGCAGAUAAGCGGGAGGCCGGGCAAGGAUGCUGGAGGCCGACGCAGACCUAGCGGGCGGAGAGGCCGAGGAGGCGGCGGACGCAGACAUGGGCGGCAGAGACUUGAAGGCCGAGGUGAUGCGGCUCACUCUGGAGCUGCAAGAGGCCACGGAGGAGAAGCUGCAGGCCGCUCGGUACGGACUGGUGGUGCUGGAAGAAAGCGCCGCCCUCAAGAUGAAGCACACGCAGCUGGAAGAGGAGCACGAAUCGCUAAAGAUGGAGCUGCAGCAGCUCAGAGAGGCCUUCGCAGAUUCUGUGAGCAGCCACAAGCGCGCGGCGGCUGAUGGAGAGUGUCGGGAAGAGAGCCUGCUUCAGGAGACAGCCUCUAAGGAGGCCGCCAUGGCAACCCAGCUGGAGGAAGUUCAGGCAGAGCUCAAACAGGCUCGCCUCGCUCUGGGCAACGCCCACGCAGAGAUCGAUAGACUGGGGGGGCUCUCCACCCAGCUCAAGAAGGAAUGUGAAUGUCUGGAAGGAGAGAAGACCCAUUUGAGAGAUGAAAUGAAGGAAUACAAAGUACGCGAGCUGCGGCAGUUACAGGACAGCAGUGAGCUGGAGGAAGAGAACAUCUCCUUACAGAAACAAGUGUCUGUGCUGAAGGAAAAUCAGGUGGAGUUUGAAUCAAUAAAGCUCGAGCUCUCCCAGAAGAACGAAGAGCAGGAGGAGCUGCGAGCGCAGCUGGAAGAAGCUGCGCGGCUGAGGGAGAUAGCAGAGAGGCAGCUGGACGAGGCCCUGGAAGCCCUGAAAGAGGAGCGGGAGCAGAAGAACAGCCUGCGGCGGGAGCUCUCCGCCCUGACCCUCAACCCGUUCGAUUCCGUCGGGAACCUGGAGCUCCAUUUGGAUCAGCUGGACGACAGCCAGGAGGAGGGCCAGGGGGGGGAGGCCGGGGCCCAGGAAGAGAACCCGGACAGCAGUCACACAAACGGCUCCGCGUCCGCGCCCGGCUCUAAAAGCAACGGCCUCGUGCAGCGCUACUCCUCGGCACGCAGCGGCGGCGGCGACGUAUUCCUGCGCGCUCCAGCGUCAGGCUUGGUGUCUGACCUGCUGAGCGAGCUGCACUUCUCAGACAGUCAGAAACUGAAGCAGCAGCUUCUGCAGGUAGAAAGGGAGAAGUCCAGUCUGACUAGCAAAGUGGAGGAACUGCAAAUGCAGCUGAUGAUGUCCAAACAGGCGCUGAGUCAGCAGGAGGACAGGGUCGGCUCGCUCACGCAGCAGCUGGAAGCUGCGCAGAUGAGUCGCCAUCAAACCCAGGAGGCCGAGGAGAAGCAGACGGUGGAAACGGGAGAGGACGGCGCCGAAGGCUUCGACUACGAGGUGGACACCAAGAGCAAGGAGGUGCUGGAGGCCCGGAUGCGCGCGGCCAGCGAGGAGCUGGUGAAGCUGCGGGACGAGCUCUCUCAGGCGGGAGCCCGCUACAACACCCUGGAGCAGCGGUACAAGCAGGAGAAGGACCGCUGGAGGGGGGAGGCCCAGGAGCUGGCCGACAAGAUCCGUCAGUGCAUCAAGUCCAGCAAGCAGGACCAGGAGCGCAUCAGCGAGCUGGAGAAGGAGAUCGGAGCCACGCGCAAAGUGGCCACCGACUCUGAAGGGCACCUGAGCGUCGCCCAGGAAGAGCUGCUGGCCUUCUCCGAGGAGCUCUCCAAUCUCUACCACCACAUCUGCGUGUGCAACAACAUUACCCCCAAGCGGGUCACCCUGGACUACUACCGGGACAGCGCCAGGGGGGGCGGCGGAGGGCUGCGGCGGCCGCACCACGUCUUCGCCCAGCACAACGCGCAGAAGAAGCCUCGGCCUAACGACAUGUUCAUCUCCAAAGCCGCGGCGCUGCAGUUCAUGGGAGAGGUGGACAGCGCCGGAGCCAGCGGAGACGCUCUGACGUGCCCCGGAUCCCCGACUCUGGACUUCAGGGACCCCUCCAACGUGUCCAACCUGGUGGCCGUCAUCCGUUGCCAGAUCAAGCACCUCAGGGUGGCCGUGGACCUCUGCCGCCAGAGAGGAGCCAUGCCGUACUCGGGGCUCAGCAGCAGCGAGGAGUCGGAGCCAGAUACCGAAAGCCUUCUGGAGGAAGUCCUCAAACUGAAAUCUCUCCUCAGCACAAAGAGAGAGCAGAUUGCAACCCUGCGAACGGUCCUCAAGGCAAACAAGCAGACCGCCGAGCUGGCCUUGUCUAAUCUGAAAACCAAGUACGAGACGGAGAAGAGCAUGGUGUCAGAGACCAUGAUGAAGCUGAGGAACGAGCUCAAAGCCCUGAAAGAGGACGCCGCCACCUUCUCUUCUCUGAGGGUCAUGUUUGCCAGUCGGUGCGACCAGUACGUCACCCAGCUGGACGAGAUGCAGCGGCAGCUCGCGGCCGCCGAGGACGAGAAGAAGACCCUUAACACCCUCCUGCGCAUGGCCAUCCAGCAGAAACUGGCCCUCACUCAACGUCUGGAGGACCUGGAGGCCCCGCAGGCCCCCCGCAGCCUGAACAGCAGCCCGCGGCGCUCCCGGGCCAAAGAGCUGGCCACCAAGUCAGGCCGGGCGUCCCGGAGCCCCCGCAGCAGCCCCGGCAGGCCCCAGCUGAGGAGCAGCCCGCGGGCCAGCCCCGUCCUGGGCAGCAGCGUCCCUGCCUCGGCCACCCACCACUUGCGAGCCCUAACCCGAAGUCUCCACACGAGCCCUCGCUGAAACACUCCCACCAUCACUCCAAACCCCCUCCAAUCCAUAAGGACCAGACCCCUCCUCCCCCUUUCCUCCCCCGCCUCCCUCCCUGACUCCAAGACAUCCUGUCCAUCCCAGAUAUGACGCCGCAUUAGUCCCUCUCUACCCACCAGAACCAUGGAGUGAAAAAAAAAAAAAAAAAAAAAUCUUCCAUCCCAGCCUCUUGGCGUUCUCUUCCCGGAGUGGAGAAACCUGCAUGCAGCCUUGGAGGAGGAUGAAGAGACUAGCCUGCUGCUCAUUUCUUUCUCUUUCUCUCUCAUCGACUGUGUGUACGUCUCGUCUUUUCCAACGCUGUAUAUCGUGGUGAACCAUUGACAGUAUUUAUUCCAUAAACGGACCCGUUUGGUUUAGUUUUUUUUCCUUGUACAGUACUUAUUUACUAUCCUCCGACUCAGAUUCAAGGCUGUGAUCUGUUCUCUGAAAGGCGUUAACGUCUUCACACCCUCUUGCCUUUAAUCUGGCACCCCCGCUCCGGCCUGCUUGGCAUUCUUUAGCGUUGGCACGCCACCGGCUCGUCUA